AUGGAAACAGAUGAUGGAGAGGACUGUGGAGGACCAGAACCAGCCAGAAACUCAGAUCCAGAUGAACAUUCACAACCUGAUACGGAUGGUAAGACUGAAGAGUCUUCUGAAUCUGAGACUGAUCAUCGCAACAAUGAUUUUAAAGACACCAGCGAACCUCAGUCAGGUGAUGUUACCAAUAUAAAGCCUUUCAGCUGUUCAGUUUGUAAGAAAUGUUUUUCAUGGAGCAGAUAUUUACGUAUACACAUGAAAAUUCACACAGGUGAGAAACCGUUUAGCUGCUUAGUGUGUCAUAAACGCUAUGGAAAAAAGAGUAUUCUGCAGUUGCACAUGAGAACUCACACAGGAGUUAAACCAUUCAGCUGCUCGGUGUGUGAUAAAAGCUUCAGUCAAAAGAGUCAUCUGCAGGGUCACAUGUUUACUCAUACAGGUACGAAACCUUUCAGCUGCUCAGUGUGUGAUAAAAGCUUUGGAUAUAAGCAUUGUCUGCAGUUACACAUGAGAACUCACACAGGUGAGAAACCAUUCAGCUGCACAGUGUGUGCUAAAAGCUUUGGACAUAAGUCUAAUCUGCAGUUGCACAUGAGAACUCAUACAGAUAAGAAACCGUUCAGCUGCUCAGUGUGUGAUAAAUGCUUCAGUCAAAAGAGUCAUCUGCAGGGUCACAUGAAGACUCAUACAGGUGAGAAACCGUUCAGCUGCUCAGUGUGUGAUAAAAGCUUCGGUUUAAAGAAGCAUCUGCAGGGUCACAUGAAGACUCAUACAGGUGAGAAACCGUUCAGCUGCUCAGUGUGUGAUAAAAGCUUCAGUCUAAAGAGUCAUCUGCAGGGUCACAUGAAGACUCAUACAGGUGAGAAACCGUUCAGCUGCCCAUUGUGUGAUAAAAGCUUUGGAUAUAAGCAUAGUCUGCAGUUACACAUGAGAACUCACACGGGUGAGAAACCAUUCAGCUGCUCAGUGUGUGAUAAAAGCUUUGGAUAUAAGAGUAAUCUGCAUUUGCACAUGAGAAGUCAUACAGAUAAGAAACCUUUCAGCUGCUCAAUAUGCCAACAAAACUUCAUUAAAAAGAGUACUCUAGCGGACCACAUGACAACUCACACAUCCAGCUCAGUCUGCAGUUAAAGCUUCUGAAUUAAAAGUACUAUGCAGAGACGCAUGAGAACUGACUGAGAUGAUGAGAGCUGUGGCUCAAGCAGAGCGGGUAGUCCCCAAAUCGGAAGGUUGUCGGUUCGAUCCCCGGCUGCUCCUGCCAUGUGUCAAAGUAUCCUUGAGCAAGAUACUGAACCCCAAAUUGCUCCUGAUGCACAGCAUCUCUGUGUAAAUGUGUUUGAAUGAGUUACUUUCUGUUUGAUAGACUUUGCCAUCACGGUGCAUGUAGUGUAAAGGCGCUUUGAGUGGUCGGAAGACUAGAAAGGCGCUAUACAAGUAUCGGUCCAUUUCCCAUUUGCAAAGAGAACAUGCCCGCUAGAUAA